CCUCCCAGAGGCUCUCUACGAAUGCCUUCCUGCUUGGUGGGAGAACUCCUGUUCAUCCAUCAAAGCCCAGUUCUAAGAGCACUUCUGAGGACCCUUCCCACCUCCUUCCAGCACACCUUUCACUUUUCUGUCUCAGCGCACAGCACGUCCCCCUGCUGCAGGGGCCUGUAGCUCAGGAACAGACCAUUUUCAUUUUUGGAACCUUACUACUUCCCUAGUGAGGACAUCAUGGGAAGACAGAAGAGAGGAUUAGGAUAAGAUUGAUCCAGAACACAGAUUGGAAACAGGGUGAGGGCGGACUCAGGACGCAGUAAGACUGAGGACCUGCGGGGACCAGGAGCCGUCUCCUGGCCGGGAGGCCACGAAGUCUCACGCGGAGGAAAGGGAACCUCUGGGGGGCGCCCGAACCCUUGGUGUCGGUCACAGACCGCGAGUGGCCCCGCCGGCGUCCCCUAAUGAGCGACUCAGCCACCACCUCUAACGGGGCAUGGGGGCGGAGGGCCGCAAGGGGCGGGGGUCGGCGAGCGCAGCCCCCACCCGCCCAGCGGCCCUGAGCGGUUGUUAAGCUCUCCAAGGCCUUGGAGAGACGCGAUCUGGGCGAACCUCAUCGGUUACUAUGGUAACUCUGCGCCCCAGCCUCUAGUGAGGCAGCUGAGGAAGGCGCAGCCAAUCAGAAGCUGCAGGCGUUCUCAGGGACCCACUCCCACCCCCCACAUGUGGGCGGGGGCCAGGAGGUGCGGGGAGGAGGAGGAGCGUGGGCCACAGCUAGACCCCGAGCCGCUAUCAGGUGGGUGCGGGGUGCUGGGCUGCGCGGGGGACACUUCCGGAGUAACCCUGUGAGUGCCUGCGCGCCAGUGCGGGGUCUCCUCCCUCCCAGAAGAGGAGUUACCUGCAAGAACCUGGCCUUCACACGGGGUGCAGGACCUUGCAGGAGAUCCCGGGCUGCAGGCCCUCCUGUCGUUUCUCUCAUGUCGGUGUGUUGGAGACAAAAUCGUACAAGCGGUCCCUCAAAACGGCUCACUCGGGGGCUGGGUUCGCUUCUGUGGGCCCCCCAAAAGGCACUGUCCAGCCAUUCCCAGUCGAAUAUCCUAGGGUCCCUUCAUAGACCUGCAAGUUCAGGGUGGGCUGUUUGGGUAACCUGUCUGUCUGUCCAGGUUCACGGAGAGCCCUACGUGGCAGCCCCCAGAGUAUUCCAGAGAGCCGGGACUUGGACUCUAAAAGGGGGCAGGUGUAUCUGUGCAAACUUGCGCGCCCGCAGGUGUCAGAACCUGGAGAGGAUCUGGGUGCAAACGGGUUUAUUCUGUGCAUGUGUUAUUCUAGAACUCAUGUGUCUGAGUCAGGAUGUGUGUGUUUGGGGGUGGGUACAAAUAGACAGCCCUAUCCAGGAAUGUCUAAGGAGAGGCCCCCAAGAUCUUGUCCAUCUUCUUCUUCCUUAGGAUUUCCGUAACCUCCUUCUCACCAUCUACUGUCACCAGAGUCCUCUCCUUGAGGGCAGGACUUCUCCGAAUUGGGGCAAUGUGAGAAUCUGCAAAUAUGUACACAGGAGCGUUCAGCUCAAAACUCCGAGGAUCCAACUCCGCAUCUGGGAGCCUCCAGCCCAGGUGCGCCGGAGGGAGGUCGUGGCUGUGUCGCGUAAAGCUCCGCUCGACCGCGAGGUGGCGCCAUAGCUGCAGCAGAGCCUGCCGGCCCGGGCCGCUCCAGAUAAGAGUGUGCGGAAAGCGCGGCGGGGCUGAGACGCGACCAGGACGCGGGGAGGACGGACCAGCAGGACAGACCGACCGGGGGCCCGGCGGGCGGAGGGCAGCGCAGAGCAGCCACGUCCCCCCUGGAUCCGCCGGCAGCCGGGUCCGGGGCUUCCGACAUGCCCCCCAGGAGAUUGUGCUGGGCAGACGAUGCUGGACACGAUGGAGGCGCCCGGCCACUCGAGGCAGCUGCUGCUGCAGCUCAACAACCAGCGCACCAAGGGCUUCUUGUGCGACGUGAUCAUCGUGGUGCAGAACGCCCUCUUCCGCGCGCACAAGAACGUUUUGGCGGCCAGCAGCGCCUACCUCAAGUCCCUGGUUGUGCAUGACAACCUGCUCAACCUGGACCAUGACAUGGUGAGCCCAGCCGUGUUCCGCCUGGUGUUGGACUUCAUCUACACCGGCCGCCUGGCUGAUGGCGCAGAGGCUGCUGCUGCGGCGGCAGUAGCUCCAGGGACCGAGCCGAGCUUGGGCGCCGUGCUGGCUGCCGCCAGUUACCUGCAGAUCCCCGACCUCGUGGCGCUGUGUAAGAAGCGCCUCAAGCGCCACGGCAAGUACUGCCACCUGCGGGGCGGCGGCGGCGGCGGCGGCGGUUAUGCACCCUACGGGCGGCCAGGCCGGGGCCUGCGGGCUGCCACGCCGGUCAUCCAGGCCUGCUACUCGUCCCCAGCCGGGCCUCCGCCGCCGCCCAGCGCUGAGCCGCCGUCGGGCCCCGAAGCGGCAGUGAACACGCACUGCGCAGAGCUGUACGCCUCGGGCCCUGGCCCGGCGUCCGCACUCUGUGCCCCGGAACGCCGCUGCUCCCCACUCUGCGGCCUGGACUUGUCCAAGAAAAGCCCAUCGGGCUCCGCACCUCCAGAGCGGCCGCCCGGCGAGCGCGAGCUGCCCCCGCGCCCAGACAGCCCUCCCAGCGCGGGCCCCGCAGCCUACAAGGAACCACCGCUCUCUCUGCCUCCACUGCCACCGCUGCCCUUCCAAAAGCUGGAGGAGACUGUACCGCCUCCGGACCCGUUUCGUGGCGGCGGCGGCAGCCCAGGACCCGAGCCCCCAGGCCGCCCCGACGGGCCCAGCCUCCUCUACCGCUGGAUGAAGCACGAGCCAGGCCUGGGCAGCUACGGCGACGAGCUGGGCCGGGAGCGCGGCUCCCCAGGAGAGCGCUGCGAGGAGCGCGGCGGGGACCCGGCAGCCUCGCCCGGGGGCCCCCCGCUCGGUCUGCCUCCACCACCGCGUUACCCGGGCAGCCUGGACGGGCCUGGCGCGGGCGGCGACGGCGACGACUACAAGAGCAGUAGCGAGGAGACGGGCAGCAGCGAGGACCCCAGUCCGCCCGGCGGCCACCUCGAGGGCUACCCAUGCCCGCAUCUGGCUUAUGGCGAGCCUGAGAGCUUCGGUGACAACCUGUACGUGUGCAUCCCCUGUGGCAAGGGCUUCCCCAGCUCAGAGCAGCUGAAUGCGCACGUGGAGGCGCACGUGGAGGAGGAGGAGGCGCUGUAUGGCAGGGCCGAGGCGGCUGAGGUAGCUGCAGGGGCCGCGGGCCUCGGGCCCCCUUUUGGAGGCGGUGGGGACAAGGUCGCUGGGGCUCCCGGCGGGCUGGGCGAGCUGCUGCGGCCCUACCGCUGCGCGUCGUGUGACAAGAGCUACAAGGACCCGGCCACGCUGCGGCAGCACGAGAAGACGCACUGGCUGACCCGGCCCUAUCCAUGCACCAUCUGCGGGAAGAAGUUCACGCAGCGUGGGACCAUGACGCGCCACAUGCGCAGCCACCUGGGCCUCAAGCCCUUCGCGUGCGACGCGUGUGGCAUGCGCUUUACGCGCCAGUACCGCCUCACCGAGCACAUGCGUAUCCACUCGGGCGAGAAGCCCUAUGAAUGCCAGGUGUGCGGUGGCAAGUUCGCACAGCAACGCAACCUCAUCAGUCACAUGAAGAUGCACGCCGUGGGUGGCGCAGCAGGCGCAGCCGGGGCACUGGCGGGGCUCGGGGGGCUGCCUGGCGUCCCCGGCCCCGAUGGUAAGGGCAAGCUCGACUUCCCCGAGGGUGUCUUUGCUGUGGCGCGCCUCACGGCUGAACAGCUGAGCCUGAAGCAGCAGGACAAGGCGGCCGCGGCUGAGCUGCUGGCGCAGACCACGCACUUCCUGCACGACCCCAAGGUGGCGCUCGAGAGCCUCUACCCGCUGGCUAAGUUCACCGCGGAACUGGGCCUCAGCCCGGACAAGGCGGCGGAGGUGCUGAGCCAGGGAGCGCACCUGGCCGCUGGGCCAGACGGCCGGACCAUCGACCGUUUCUCCCCCACCUAGAGCGCCCCACUAAGAGGCCCGCCUCACUGCCGCUGCGUGGCCCCUGGCCCGCGCCUCCGGGGGCGGCGGCGGCGGCGGCGGCGAGCCGGCACACCGCUCCAAGAUAACUGUAGUAGCAGCGGCAGCGUCAACGCAAUGGCGGCGGCCCCACCUCUCUGCGGCCUCACCUGGCCUCACUGCUUCGUGCCUUAGCCCGGGGGUGGGGGUGAGGGGAAAACCCCGGGAUGGGGGUGGGGUGGGGGAAGGGAGAUUUAUAUUUUUGAUAUCAGCUUUGACCAAAGGAGACCCCCGGCCCUUCUCCGCCUCUUCCUGUGGUUCGUUGGCCCCGUCCCCCCGGCUCCGUGCUGCUUUUGGGGGGAGGGGUGUCACUUUUGGGGCGCUCCCAGCCCUACCUCCGGCCCUUGCGACCACACCCAUUCUCACUGUGAAUCUCCCCGCUGGGGUCGGAGCGUCGGGCAGAGUUGGGGAGCGGGGAGGGGACUGAGCCGGCCGGAGGGCCCCCUGCCCCCGCUCCCACCCGCCUGGGGACUGAUAAUGUGAAGUUCCUCAUUUUGCACAAGUGGCACUAACCCCAGGGUCCACCCUUCCCUCCUUCUGGAGUCUGAGGGCUAAGACAGCCCUGGCCUACCCAGUCUCCCACUCCCACGGGGUGUCCUCCUUCCUUCCCUGGGGCCCCGGACCAUAUUUAUUGCAUGCGCCCCGGGCAGCCCCACACCCCGAGCCCAGGCUGGGCUGGGCCGGAACGUGGUCUCUUUAGCUCCCUCCUCCUCAUUUGUAUAUUUUCUACCUUGUACACAGGCUCUUCUAGAGCCGCUUCCAUUUUCUAUACUCGAUCCAAACAGCAAUAAAACAGUAACCAAGGA